AUGUCGAGAUCAAAGGUCCAACUUGUCCCAUGGGACCCAGAUUCCCAGGACCAUGUCACCAGGAUGGUCGACCAGAGGAUAGAAUGCGGUUGGAGUUUCGACAAAGUACCUAGCUGGCAGGAUGAUCAACGGACAGGAUUCAAAUGCAUUUACUGGAUUGUCAUCGACCCAGAAAGCCCAGAAGCAGACAUCAAGUUGUCCAAACACAUCACUGCUUGUCCCAAGGAAAAAGAGCCACUGGAGGACACGGCGACUUCCAUCCGCGCAACUCCACGGACACCAUCGUUCACCUCCUUUCAUCCCGUCGGCCACAUCUCACUGGACGUCGACAACCCCCCAGCAAAAUGCCUAAACCUCCCAAUCCCAUCAGAGGGCGUCUACUGGAUCAAGAGUCUCUUCGUUUCAUACGCGCUGCACAGCUCAGGCAUAGGCAGAGCCGCGAUGGACACAGUCGAGGCCAUGGCUAUGCGCGAGCCGCUGUUUGCAAAAGUUUUGAUGCUGGACACAGUAGCCAAGGAGGAUCAGCACAGAGAGGAGUUUUUGGCACAAGUAUCUGGAAAGCCUCCAGCGAUGUCUACGCAGGAAUGGUAUGCGCGUAGGGGCUACAAGCUAAUCUGGAGGGAGCUCAACUUCUAUCCCGACUUUGACAAAUUUGGUAAACCACUAGGGAGAUACACCGUAUUCAUGCGCAGAGAUCUAGUUUAA